AUGAGUGAAAUGAGAUUUGUUAGUGGAGGUGUUAAGAGUAAAUUGCACGGCUCGAUCCUCGUCUUUCCUCUAGCAAAUGGUAGGAAGGGCGAUGCAAGAGCAUCUAGUGGCAUAAGUACAAGUUUGAUCAAGCCUGAAGCUGUCCAACUCAUCCCAAAUAAUAUGAAGCUUGAGACAUUCUUAAGUGAAGAGACAUUCUUAAGUGAAGGCAUGUCACAUAUGCUUGGAAGAAGGUUUGCAAAGCACAUGUUUG